UCAAAAUCGACGCCGUUUCGUCAUAGCCAGACGCGGUUUUAUAAACCUCAAGAGACUCUUCCUUCGCUCGAAAGAAGAAGGAUCUUGGCUCUCCUCCUGAGUAAAAGAAAACGAAAGUGAUGGCUGCCGUAAAUGGGUACCAAGGAAACACUCCGGCGGAUCCUCCGGCGUCAAACGGGUCAAAGCAAUCUGCGCCUCCGACUAAGACUGUUGACAGCCAAUCUGUUCUCAAAAGGCUGCAAUCUGAGCUAAUGGGCUUGAUGAUGGGCGGUGACCCGGGAAUAUCGGCAUUCCCAGAGGAAGACAACAUCUUGUGUUGGAAAGGGACAAUAACAGGAAGCAAAGAUACUGUCUUUGAAGGAACUGAGUACAGACUCUCACUCUCUUUCUCCAAUGACUAUCCUUUCAAACCUCCAAAGAUCAAGUUCCACACUUGUUGCUUCCACCCCAAUGUUGAUCUCUAUGGCAACAUCUGCUUGGACAUUCUCCAGGAUAAAUGGUCUUCUGCUUAUGAUGUGAGGACAAUCCUACUAUCCAUUCAGAGCCUUUUGGGAGAACCCAACAUCAGCUCACCACUGAACACUCAAGCAGCGCAGCUCUGGAGCAACCAACAAGAGUAUAGGAAGAUGGUUGAGAAGCUCUACAAACCUCCCAGUGCAUGAUAUCUUCUUCAAGUUGUUCUGAUUCAUAAACCUCUCCACAUGCCUGCCUUUGAUGAACAAGAAGAAGCAGUUUGUGUCAUUUAAUUUGUUUCUGAUUCAUAAACUACUGUUUUAUCUGUAACAUUUUACGAUGUGAGCUUUUCAAAAAUUAAUCAGAAUGAUACAUUCUUCUUA